GAGUGGCCAAGGUUCUCACAAAUUCCUAGAAUUCCCAGUAUUACGUGAAUGCUAUUUUGUGUUUGACUAUGUAUUUAUUUUAGUAAUUAGUUUUUAGAAUAUCAAUUAUGUUGCUUAUGCCCUGACAGAGUAACCAUGCAUGCACUUAAUACAUGUUAACACCUUAAUGUAACCAUGGGUCUGCAAAAAACGAAAUGAAAAAUUAAAAUAAAUAUCUGAAUAUUCCAAUAUUGUCAAGGCCCUAGAGUUUGUUCAGAUAUUUUUGAGUACCUCGGCCGCUCGGAUGUAUCUGAUUGUGACUGUUCAACAGGCACACCCACCCAUCAUCCCGCUAUCACGCACCAAACCUUUUAUCAAUAUUCGUGUCUACGCAUUCCUAAAACGAUAUUGUUUCAUCGAAUUGAAUUCUUAUCAGCCAAGCCUUAUAGCCAAAUAAAUCAAUCAACGAGAUAUUAAUAAAUAAAACUGAUUGAUGGACCUUUAUCAAGUACGUACAGUAUUGAUUGACUCAAUUACGAUACGGUUGAGUUUUUUUGUAUAAAUGAGGCGUAACGCUCGAUUAUAUUCGAAUAUAGUCCAUAGCUAAGUUGUUAAUUGAGAGAAGAUCUUGGCAUAAGCCCAUAUUUGGGUUGCCCUUGUUUUUUGUGGACGAAUCUAUUCAGGAAAUGAGGUGGCUGGGGUAUGCACUGGCAGCGCUAGCGGUGGCGGCGGCGACGCCGGCCGCGCUGCCCGAGCCGGGGGAGCUGGCGUACGCGCUCAGCGCUGAUGAAUGGGAUACUUACCAAGACGCUUGGCUAGCCAAUGAGUACCUCAAAAGGAAUGCCAACGCUACCGUCACUGCGAGUAGUAACUCUGGAUGUGCUCUAAGAGUGAACGGUGACCUGGGGCAACCUCAGCCAGUGUACAUGCGCGGCGACCAGUUCGUGGAGCCCACGGGGACCACGGGGCAAGUGCACCUCCGCGAGGGCGAGGAGCUUCUCCUUGCUUGCACCGGCUCUGGCAGGACCAUCGUGCACGCCAACGCUUUUGCUAUUAACCAAGAAGCCCGAGUGUCCUGUGUGCGAGACAAUAUAGUGUCCGGCGUGGGGUGGCUGAGCGCAGACAGCGAGUUCGUCGGCUUGACGUGCUCCUCCAACAGCCAGUACCAGGCCCGCGCCACCGACCGACGGUGCUACGGCGACAACCUCGUUGUCGAGAUAGGUUUCGAGGUGUCAGGUGUUUGGCAGCCUCUGCUGUGGUCCUGCUUCGACCAGAGCCGACUAGAAGUGCUGUACGUGUGGUACGAGCAGAAGCCCCAGAACGGCCAGCACCAAACCGGAGUGACGCGGCCCGGCUGGUUGGUUGGUGGAAUGUACCCCGGUGUCACGGGCGGCAUUGAUUUCCACUACACGCAGGCCCAGCAAGUGGUCACCAUCGCGAAGCUGGUCGGCCAGGAGCUGGCGGAGAAGUACAUCAGCGUGAACCGCGUGUACCUGGCGCGGGGACACUUGGCUGCCAAGACCGACUACGUGUUCGCCACGGGACAGAGGGCUACGUUCUUCUUCGUUAACGCCGCGCCGCAGUGGCAGCCGUUUAACAAUGGGAACUGGGACUGGCUUGAACAGAAUGCCCGUGCACGCAUCGCUGUGGCCGGGUACAACACUACCGUGUACACGGGCACGUUCGGCGUGGGUGUUGUGCGCAACGCUAACAACACAGCCCACGAACUGUAUCUGUACACAGACGCUAACAACAAUAAGCAGCUGCCCGUACCUCGGUACUUUUACAAGGUGUUUUACGAGCCAUCAUUGCGCCGAGGCACAGUUUUCGUCGGCAUCAACGACAUUUUCGCGUCCGAGGAAGAAGUUCGCGCGUGGACGUUCUGCGCCGACCGCUGCCGGAACAACCGCGACUUCGACUGGCUCCGGUGGCAGCCCGACCGCAUCGACAUUGGCUACAGCUUCUGCUGCGAGGUUGAUGACUUCCGCCGGACCGUGCCCCAUUUGCCCCCUUUCCAAGUCGAUGGUCUGUUGUUUUAAACAGCUGCUGGUAUAGAGUUCAAUAAACCAUAAUACGUA